AUGGUCAAAAUAAAGCGCGCUGAGGUCAAGGUUGUUGUUGGUAAAACGAUGAUCGGUAAGGAUGUGAACGACUACUUCGCCAAUUAUGUCAAGAACCUACAGGCGAUUCCAUGUCUUCUCCAGCAGCAUAUUUCUUCAGCACUGCAUAUGGAUGCUGUCCAGGACCGUUACAUGCGACAGCUCGAGGCAGUUACUGUAAAUACAGAUCAAAUCUGCGGUUCAGAGAAAAUUAUCUCAGAGAUGAUGUCAUUAUUGCUUGCUUUAAACGAGUUGUAUGACGGAAAAAUUUCAGAAAUGAAUACACUGGAGGAAGACCUUGGGCAAAUAUCAGAGCUCAUGUUGGCAUCUAAGGCCUCGGUGUUAGCGGACGACGCCCAGCAUCUCUGUAGUCUGACCAGCGCAUUUCAGUCCGGCGAUUGGCAGCCGUGUAAAAAUGUCGUAACUUCCUCUCGCAAAAAAUCAGAGGAAUUCUUCAGUCCCGUCGGUCGACCUGGGGUCUGUCCAGAU